UGGAGAUUACUCAUAUAAGUAUUUGUUUGGCAUUGAUAUCUAAAACGCUGUUCCAAGUCGUUCCAAUUUCAGCAUGUAGAAAGAUGACAAAGGCAAUUUAUCAGGCACUAGCAACAGUUUCAGUAACCUUCGGUAUAAUAUCAGACGGUAUGCAUUAUGGGUGGUCGUCACCCGUACUGCCAAUUUUGCUGUCGGACAAAAGCCCGUUCGAGUUUCACCCUCGCCAAAUUGUAUGGAUUGAGGUUUGGUUACUUUUGGGAGUGCUGGCUGGUGUGCCAAUCGCUGAUGUCGCAGUGAAAAGAUACGGUGGAAGAAAACCGAUUUUGGCGGCUAAUGGUUUAAGCGUGACAGCAUGGAUUGUUAUCGCACUUGCUGGGACUAUCAAGCUGGUGUACUUGGCACGAUUCCUGGCCGGGCUGGCGGCGAGGGUUGCAUCGGUCGGUGCUUCUCUGUACAUUGCCGAAAUUUCCGACAAAAGAUCACGUCAGUGGUUGAACUCGGUGAUCAACCUGAUGAUGCUGUUGGGUGUCGUAAUUGUCUACAUUUUGGUACCUCUGUUGCCUAUUUUGACUUCGUCAUUGAUUGGGGUUGCCUUUCUAUUGUUGCAAAUGGUGAGUUUUCCAUGCACGCCCGAACCCACUCGAGACAGCGCCGAAGCGCAGGUUUUAGAAGAACCACUAAGGGAAGGCGAAAGGAUAACGUUUUUAGAGUUCAUAAAGGAGGAAAACAGCUUAAAGAUAUUGCUAAUAGUAAUGUGCGUGAGUUGUUGGCAACAGUUAGCUGGCUUUGGCGUUGUCGUUAUGAAUCUUCACGCAAUCUUGACAGAUGCGCAUUGUGAAAUGAACACUGAUACAGUAGCGGUGAUAUUCGCUACAUUUCUGGUCGUAGCAACCCCUUUAGGCGUGGGUUUGGUGCCCAAGUUGGGUAGUAAAGCUCUUCUUUUGAUUUCGUCAUGUGGCACGGGAAUCGUACUAUUAGUCUUUGGUGUUCAUCUCGACAAUGAGAGACAAGAAGAAUUCAAUAGCUGGAUACCAAUCGUUUUGGUGGUGUUAUACGCUUUAGUGUUCCAAUUGGGUUUGGGCUUGGCGCCUAUGACGAUUGCUGAAGAACUUUUGCCAAGAAAUACUCAAGAAAUAGUGAAUACGAUUAGUGACAGUGCUUCUGUGGUAGUUUCAAUUGUGAUGGUGGUAUUGUACCCUUUGGUCAGUACAUUUUUAGGAAUAAGUGUACCUUGGUAUAUCUUCAGUGCUUUAACGUUUCUAUUGUAUUUGUUUACUCUAUUUAGAAUACCAGACACCACUAAAUGUGCAGUACGGAGUUAGGGUUUUUUCGAAAUUUGUCCUAACAAUAAAUACCAUUGCACUGUGAUGGUGUUUUAGACUUUUGUCUAAUUGCCAUAAUUUAUUUUAAUUUAUGUGUACUUAUAAAGUAAUGAACGCACGGUAGAAGCUGCUGUGUACGGUAGCCGUUAAUGCCUAGAAAUAUACAGACUUUAUAAUAUUUUACUGAUAUAUUUGUUAACACAAAGAUACAAUGACUUCGUUGACAUCGGCCAUCUUGACUAUUCUAAAACUACUCUACUGC